AACCUACAGAGUUAUGAGUCUGGUGAGGAACAGGUGGGUUUUUCUCUGCAGCUGUAGGGAAUUAAACACAUUGAGGAGAUGCUACUGGACUGGUGGAAGACCAUGCUGCUGCUGCCACUUCUAAUACAAGCUCAGAGUGGAGAUGGAGAUGUGGACAUGGAGCCCAGAGUCAGCUGCACGUCACAUAUAAGUAUUGGCAAAGGAAGUAACUUAACCUGCAAGCUUGUCAACAGCAGGUACCACAUCGAUGAUGAUGAAGAUGAGGAAAGUGAUGUCAUAGAGAAAAUGACUGCAUGCUGCUGCAACUCACAACAGACAAAAUGUGUGGAAGAGUUCGGGGAAACGGUCGGCUCCAGAGAUCUGCUUCCUGCAGGUACUAUCCACCUGACUGUUCACUUAAAGAAAGGAGGCAAGAUUGAAAGAGUCAUCGACCCCAAGAAAAUAGUUAAACCAAAGAGUCCUUGGGUGCAGAAUGUUACGUUCAACAACAAGUCCAACUCAGCUGUCGUUCAUAUCCAGAUACCAUACCAACAGGAUUACCUUAACCUAGAAAAUCAGCUCUUCCAGCUUCAGAUCUGGGGUGCAGGCAGAAACAUGACUCCAAACUUUACAUCAGCAGAUACUCUGAACAUUCCCAUGCAGCAUCUCCAGAAAAACAAACAAUAUCACGUCAAAGUGAGAGCAAUACCAACGAUGUAUCUGCAGGGCACCUGGAGUGAGUGGAGUGAGACUUACAGUGUCUUUACUCCUCCUGACAAUACAGUGAGAGAAGGACAUACUGAAGAGUUGGAAAUUAAAAAAAUCUGUGUGGCUCUUGUCUCUUUGGUGGUGGUGACCUUGAGUGUUACCAUAUUGUGGAAAAAUAAAAUAUUUACUUACAUGUGGCCAAGUAUUCCACAUCCUAAACACACGCUUGUGCAGAUAUGCAAGCCAAAUAAGGGCCUUUUACUGACUAUCAGUCCUGAGGUGUUCAGUGCCCUUAAAAUCUACCCAAAGGGUCAAACCGAGGAACAGCCCUCUGAGGAAACGCAGCCUGUCAUUCUUCCUGCAGCUGAUGAUGUGCAGGUGACCAACCCAUGCUCCACCCAAAGUUCUGACUGCUCCAGAAGUAACAUCAGCGUCAGCACCGAGGAGUUGGAGCUGUUGAGCAGGAACUCCUCUGAGGGGGAGGAGAGCCUUCACAGUACCAGUCCAUCCCCUGUGGACACUAUCCAGCUCAGAGAAGCAUCAAAUACACUCCCGCCUGAACACAUUAACCAAGAACAUGAGCCUGAGGUGUUUGGAGUGGCUCAGCCAGAUGAAGCAUACGUCACCAUGUCCAGCUUCUAUCAGAUUAAGUAGGUCGACAGAAGAAAGAUAACAAUGAUAGACUGACAAUGGGCCCAGAGUUAAUGGACAGUAACAUUUUUGUGCAUUUUGUUUUGCUUUUCAUCAUAUGUUUUUCUAAUGUCUUUUAUGAUGCCUCCACAUACCAUCAUCUGCUGUAGUGGUGAUGGAUGAAUCAUAAAUAUCAUACCAGUGGUUGUGCAAGUUAUUACAAAUUAUAAUAGUAGACAACAGAUGUUAUAGAAGACCCUCCAUCUGUUUUAUGUGCCAAUUAUUGACACAUCUACUUCCACCUCUAUUAAAUGGAAAUAAUUUAGCAGCUCAAUUUUCACACUUAACAGCAGCCUGUCAUUGCAGAGCACUACUUUACAAACAUAAAACAGAUCCUCAACAGUUCAAUAAGAAUGUAGAAGAUGAGGUGAAAACCGUCCACAGAUGCUUAAGUUGCAGUAUUGCUUUGUUGACUUAUUUCUCCAUUAUUAGGAUCUUCAGCUAUCAACUUAUUUCACCUACUCAUUGGUCAGAAAAUACCAAUCUAAGACCAACAAUUACUAAACAUGUAGCAACCAAACAGUUUGAAAGCCAAGGGCUGAAAUUCCCCCUCCUUUCAACAAGGCACAUUCCUUUACAUUGCACUAUAUACAAAAAAAAGAUGUUAGUGAUCCGUAAAAGCUUAUAUUGCACUGAGAUACUCUGAUUAUUAAAGUCACAGCCAUUCUCUACAUUUUAAUCGAACCAUUCCGUGACUGCUUGAAGCCUACAUGGAUGUAUGUUGUUUCUCUGCUCAUUUUUUCAAUGUUUUAUUUAUCUUCUGUUAAUGGACUACUAGUUACUACGACUCAUCAGUGAGCUGAAACAUACAAAAACAUCAACAUGGGCCCUGGAAAAGAACGCUGCUCCUUACAGUAAAACGUCUGCACCUACUGUAAACUGUUAUAUUAUUCACAUAUCUAUGUCAUGGCAUACAUGUAGUGGCUCUCUGACAAAAACUGAGUGCUAAGUACUGAUCAGACUCAGCUGUCGUCUGAAGGUGACUUACGCCUGACACCUCAUACCUGUUUCUGUUUGUGGUCUCGUGAGAGUCAAGGAGAUGACAAACAUAAUGCUGCUUCACCACGAGUCUCACACAACCUACACCUCAUGUCUUCUUUUUGCAAAAUCUAUAAUAAAUCCAGGGGAUGUCAACAGAUGUUAUAUUUUGUCACAAUGAAGAAGAAAAACCUGAUCCUGAUUGUAACAUUUCACUUUAGAUGAAUCUGUACUAAAUAUACAGUGUAUACUAUGUGGUAAUGUUUGUACCUGUAUGUUUUCUAAUCAGUCUCAAAGAAAGAGUUUGUGUUGCAUCCCUGGCUGAAUGAUGGUCUAACUCUCAAACUGAUGAAAUUUUGUCAUCCAUGAACCUUUUUUAACCUUGGACAUAUUCUGAAGACACCGUGUGGACACACCGAAAGAACUAUAGAGAAGACAAAAACAACAUGACUAUGUAUUCAUCUUUUUUAAAAACUUCAUUAAACUAUUGCCUCACAGUGUUUCUUUGCUUUCAUUGAACUCAAAUUAUGGUUUAGUAGCCUCUAAA